CCCAGCCCCGCAUCCCACAUCCCUCCCCGCUGCUCCCCGAACCUUCCCCAGCGCCUCUCUCCACACCCCAUUCCCAGCCCCAUUCCCAACCCCGGCCCCGCUCGGCCCGGAGGCCGGGGAGAGGGAGGAGGAUUUUUGCCACCUCACCACCAUCACUUUUGGGGUGACUUGGCUUUUUUUUAAAAAAAAUUUUUAUUUUUUAUUGCCGGGCUGGAUUUUUUUCCUCCCCACAUCCAAAAACCCAUCCGCGAGCAAGGCCGGCGUUGUCUUUUCCCCCCCGCCGGAUCCAGCCUUGGUGACACGAAGGUCACGGCACCUCCAGCCCGGCCUUUUCCUCCCCUCUCCCUCCAAUCCCGGCUGCGUGUCCUGGCCCUGCUCCGCUCCUCCGUAGAGGAAACCCACGCCCGGGGCGAUCCCAGAAAAUCCCCAGGGGAAGCUUUCGGCCCUUUGGUUCCGUCCUCUCCUGCAUGAGACAAUCCCGGCCGAGCGGCUCCGCCGGGCGAUGGCCGAGCAGUGAAGAUGUCCAUGGCCAGGCUCAACAGCGUCAAUGGCUUCUUGGAGGACACCAGGAUGGAGCCGGGGGACAUGGGCAGGAUCCUGCGCUGCCUGGAGAUGGGCACCGUCCUCACCUUGUUCUACCAGAAGAAGUCGCAGAGGCCGGAGAGAAGGACCUUCCAGGUGAAGCUGGAGACUCGCCAGAUCAUCUGGAGCAGGACGCCCGAGAAGGUGGAGGGGGACAUCGACAUUCGGGAGAUCAAGGAGAUCCGCCUGGGGAAGAAUUCCCGGGAUUUCGAGCGCUACCCCGAGGACGCUCGCAAGCUGGACUUCACCAUGUGCUUCAUCAUCCUCUACGGGAUGGAUUUCAGGCUGAGGACGCUCAGCGUGGCUGCUUUCUGCGAGGAGGACAUCAACCUAUGGAUAACGGGGCUCAACUGGCUGGUGGCUGACACCCAGAGAGCCCAGACCCCACUGCAGAUCGAGAGGUGGCUACGGAAGCAGUUUGAUGGGAUGGAUCGGGCCAGGGAAGGCAGCAUCACAGUGAAGGACCUGAAGGCGAUGCUGCCCCAGGUCAACUACCGUGUUCCCAACAUGAGAUUCCUGCGGGAUAAACUCGUGGAAGUGGAAGCCAGGAAUGAGAUGACUUUCUCCCACUUCAUCCAGUUCUACAAAAACCUGAUGUUUGAUGCCCAGAAGUCGGUCAUUGAGCAGCUGGAACUCUCCUUCCCCUUGCGGAAUGUGGACCGCCCUGAGCUGUGCCAAGUGUCCCUCUACGACUUCCAGAAGUUCCUGCUGCAUGACCAGAAGGAAUCCUGGGCCAGUGACGUGGGUGUGGUGCGGGACUACAUGUGCUCCUACCUCAAGGAGAGCUCCAACGAAGCGUCGGAUCCCUCCUUCCAGCUGGAUGAGUUCCUCACAUACCUCUUCUCCAAGGAAAACAUGGUGAUGGAUGCUAAGUACGAGCGUGUGGUGCCUGAGGAGAUGAACCACCCCUUGUCCCAGUACUGGAUCUCCUCAUCCCACAACACGUACCUGACAGGAGACCAGUUCUCCAGUGAGUCCUCCCUGGAGGCGUACGCCCGGUGCCUGCGGAUGGGCUGCCGCUGUAUUGAGUUGGAUUGCUGGGAUGGCCCAGAUGAUCUCCCCAUCAUCUACCACGGCCACACACUCACCUCCAAGAUCAAAUUCCUGGAUGUGCUGCACACCAUCAAGGAGCACGCCUUCGUCACCUCUGAGUUCCCCAUCAUCCUCUCCAUCGAAGACCACUGCAGCAUUGUCCAGCAGAGGAACAUGGCCUGCCACUUCAAGAAGGUUUUUGGGGACAUGCUCCUCACCAAGCCAGUGGACAUCAAUGCUGAUGAGUUGCCUUCGCCCACCCAGCUCAAGAAGAAAAUCCUAAUCAAGCACAAGAAACUGGUCGAAGGGAACCUGUACGAGGAAGUCUCCACUGCCAGUUACUCUGAGAACGACAUCAGCAACUCCAUCAAGAAUGGAAUUCUCUACCUUGAAGACCCCAUCGACCAUACAUGGAGCCCUCAUUAUUUUGUCCUGACAAGCAACAAGAUUUACUACUCAGAGGAGACAUCCCGCUACCAGUUCAACGAGGAUGAAGAGGAGGUGGAGCAGAAGGAGGAGUUCAACAACAACGAGCUGCACUUCACGGAGAAGUGGUUCCACGGCAAGCUCGGGGGUGGCCGUGAUGGGCGGCAGAUUGCAGAGAAGCUGCUGCACGAGUACUGCACCGAGACCGGCGGCAAGGAUGGCACCUUCCUGGUGCGCGAGAGCGAGACCUUCGUGGGCGACUACACCCUCUCCUUCUGGAGGUCCAGCCGGGUGCAGCACUGCAGGAUCCACUCGAGGCAGGAGGCUGGGGCCACCAAGUUCUACCUGACGGACAACCUGGUCUUCGACAGCCUCUACAGCCUCAUCUGCCACUACCGGGAGGUGCCGCUGCGCUGCAACGAGUUCGAGAUGCGCCUCACUGACCCCGUCCCCCAACCCAAUGCCCACGAGAGCAAAGAGUGGUACCACGCCAGCUUGACGCGUCUCCAGGCCGAGCACAUGCUGAUGCGGGUCCCGCGGGAUGGAGCAUUCCUGGUGCGGAAGCGCAGCGAGCCCAACUCCUACGCCAUCUCCUUCCGCACGUGUCCCUCUUCCCGGUGUCCCCAGUGCACGGUGAAGGCUCUGUAUGACUACAAAGCACAACGGGAGGACGAGCUGUCAUUCUGCAAGCAGGCCAUCAUCCACAACGUGGACAAGCAGGACGGCGGCUGGUGGCGGGGGGACUACGGAGGCAAGAAGCAGCUCUGGUUCCCGGCCAACUACGUGGAGGAGAUCGUUGGCACCCAGGCACAGGAGCAGGAUGAGGCUUCAUCAGAAAACAGCCCCCUGGGGAACUUCCUGAAGGGCUUCAUUGAUGUCCCAUCCUGCCACGUCGUUAUCUCCAAAGACGGGAGGAGCUCCAAACCAUUUGUCUUCACCAUCCAUUCCCAGCAGAUGUCCCACGCAGCCCAGUCGCUGGAUGUGGCCGCAGACACACAGGAGGAACUCAGCGAGUGGGUGGCCAAGAUCCGGGAGGCCACGCAGAACGCCGACGCCAGGAUGCAAGAGGGGAAGAUCAUGGAGCGGAGGAAGAAGAUCGCCCUGGAGCUCUCGGAGCUGGUCGUGUAUUGCCGGCCGGUGCCAUUCGAUGAGGACAAGAUUGGCACGGACAAGGCGUGUUACCGGGACAUGUCCUCCUUCCCGGAGACCAAGGCGGAGAAAUACGCCAACCGCAGCAAGGGCAAGAAGUUCCUGCAGUACAACCGCCGCCAGCUGAGCCGCAUCUACCCCAAAGGACAGCGCUUGGACUCCUCCAACUAUGACCCACUGCCCAUGUGGAUCUGUGGGAGCCAACUCGUGGCCCUCAACUUCCAGACGCCCGACAAACCGAUGCAGCUGAACCAGGCGCUCUUCAUGCUCGGUGGCCGCAGCGGCUACGUCCUGCAGCCAGACAUCAUGAGGGACGAGACCUUUGACCCCUUCGACAAGAACAGCCUGAAGAUUGUGGAGCCCAUCACAGUCCAGCUGCAGAUCCUCGGUGCCCGGCACCUGCCCAAGAAUGGGAGGAGCAUCGUGUGCCCCUUCGUGGAGGUGGAGGUUUGCGGCUCCGAGUAUGACAACAGCAAGAACAAGACGGAUGUCGUAGCUGACAAUGGCUUCAACCCCGUCUGGCUCUUCAAGCAGUUCGUCUUUGACAUCAACAACCCCGAGUUUGCCUUCCUCCGCUUCGUGGUGUAUGAGGAGGACAUGUUCAGUGACCCCAACUUCUUGGCACAAGCCACCUUCCCUGUCAAGGGUCUCAAAACAGGCUAUCGGUCGGUGCCGUUGAAGAACAGCUACACCGAGGACCUGGAGCUCGCCUCCCUCCUCAUCCACAUCGAAAUCAUCAACGCCAAGGAGGAAGAUGAGGAGAACCUCUACUCGUCCAUCCAGCAGCUCCGGGACCGUGCCAGCGAGCUCUCCAGCCAGGUCUCCAGCUACGAGCGCACCAACGGCUGCGAUUCCCGCUACCAGCAGCGCCUGGACGAGCUCCGGGCGGCCCAGGAGCGGCUCAUGGAGCUCACCGAAGUCCGCAACCGCAAGUUGAUGGAGAAGAAGAAGAGGGACCGGCAGAUGGUCACCAAACGCAGCUGAGCUGGAGGGACUCGAGCUGAGGAGCUCCCCCAGCCACCUCCUCUCCUGCCACAAAGGGAGGUGGGGUGGCCACAUCCGGACCUCCCACCACGCCCAGGGCUGGGUGACAGCAGCGUGACAAAUUCGGGGAUGAAAGGGGGCCUUGGGUAGCUGUGCCUGUGACGGGGGUGAGGCGGGAGGUGGGACGCUCUGGCUCCAAUCCCAGGUGCCUCCAGCUUCAUCCCGUGUUCCCUGGGGCUCAAGGUCGCAUCCAUGUCCCCACGAGGUGGCCACAGUGGCUCUUCCUCACCCAACGUUCUCAAUGUCCCACCAUCCCAUGGCAGCCCCAUGACCGAUGGGGAAACUGAGGCACAGGGGCCCAGCUGGCCCAGGAUGGGGCAGGACCGGGCCACCUCGAUCCAGGGCACAGGUGUCAGGACUGGCUGGUGGUGAGGCACCAGGAUGGGGACACAGGGGACACUUUUGGGGGGGUUAGGGGGGUGUUUUGCUCCCUGGCUAUAAAUAUCUGUAUUUUCUUCUUUUAUCCAGCGUGUACAUACGGCGUGGGGGGAGGGAGUGUCUGUACCAGCCACAGUAUUAGGGCACAAGGGGGACCCCAAAAUGUCCAGAGAUGUCCCAGCAUGGGACCAAGGGAGCAGGGGACCAAUUGUGGGGCUGUCCCACAAGGCAGAGUGGCCUGUGACAGGGUGCCCUGAGUAGGCAUCUGGUAAACACAGGCAGCAAGGUGGCCCCAGAGGGGACAGGGAUGUCCCCAAGGUGACCUAGAAUUGUCACCAAACUCUGGGAAUGGGGACAGAUCCUGCCAGUAAAGCUAGCUGAGGUGGUGGCCAGCCCAGCGAUGGCUGGGGACAUCUUGGGGUGUCCCCUGGGGUUGGGGUGUCCCAGCAGGGGGGACCUGUGUAUUCUUUGUAUGAAAAUAAAUCUAUUUAGCCAAUAUUUAUA